UUGAGAUGGAGAUUUGCAACACAUUGCAAAGCCCACUUUCCAGGUACAAGAAGCUCGAGUCAAUCUAUAGCCACAAAAACAAGAGCUAGAACAAAAAUUAACAUUAAACAGUGAAUUUAAAAAAAAGAAAAAUUGUCCAUUGGUCAAAACAAGCCAACCGCGGAGAAUGAUAAAGAUUGUUGCAGUUCAAAAUUGUUGGACACAGAAGUAGAAACUCAGAUUGAAAUUUCAGGAAUUUUUUCCGAGUUGCAUAUUAGUCGAAGGUUAACAUACGCAUAAGUUGGUGGCGAUUGAAUAAACACUUCAAAAUUCUCAACGCUGUCCAAUAGUAUACUAAACGGUCGAUAAUGGAGGCAAAUUUGGUACAACCAUUGAUUGCAUCAAUAUUUUCAGCUGCAAUAGCCAUCAGAUCGUAUAGAAAGAAGUCUCUUGACCUGUCUGGUGCUUUUGCUGGUUUUUCUGUCAUGGCUAUUCAUAUUGCUGUCAAUUACAGAUUUGGUGCUAUUCUACUUGUAUUCUUUUUCACAUCCUCGAUGUUCACAAAAUUUGGAGAGGACAAAAAGCGAAAAGUCGAUGCAGAUUUCAAAGAGGGUGGCCAACGCAAUUGGAUACAAGUUUUCUUCAAUAGUGGGAUUGCCACACUCUUGGUCUUAAUUGCUUGGAAAUUGGUCGGCACUCGUGACUAUUGUCUAAAUUCGAAAGAAUCGGGUGUCAUGACGUGUUUAAUCGGUGGAAUUAUCGGUCACUAUUGUUGCUGCAAUGGCGACACCUGGUCUUCUGAGCUUGGUGUUCUUAGUGACGAGCAGCCACGCUUGAUCACAACCUUCAAGCCCGUUCGAAGGGGUACAAAUGGUGGCGUGACAAAGGCGGGACUUUUGGCGGCUACAGCUGGCGGCAGUGUGAUCGGGCUCACAUUUGUUGUCUUAGGAUUGCUCACUACUAACUGCACUUCUUAUGUAGCUUUGAAGCAGCUGUUAGUGAUACCGAUUUCGGCUCUUGCUGGAUUGUGUGGAAGUGUCAUUGAUUCUUUACUUGGGGCCACACUCCAAUACAGCGGUAUAUGUACAGUUGUUGGAAAACCUGGGCCAACGGUGAAGAAAAUAUCGGGUAUUAAUGUGCUCGAUAACAACGCGGUAAAUCUCGUCUCGAUUAUGCUGACGACCGUACUGACUUCCAUUGCUUGCUUGUACAUUUUCUGAGAAAUUAUCCACAAAUAAAUGAGUAGUUUGUUUUGUUUGCAAACCGAGUUUUAAUUGUUGUAAUGACAACUUAAUUGUACACUAGGUUGGCUACGUAUCAUUUUUCUUUUAGUAGAUGAAUAAUAUCCCUGCAUAUUAGUUCAGAAUGUGCUAGCUUAAAUUGGUAGACUUGCACGUUUCUGAUUCUAUUUGUCAGCAUUUUAUGCUUUGUAUUAAAAAUAUCAUGUAAUCAGUACCUAGAUUUUGGUAUAA